AUGACCCGCACGCUGCUGUUGGCCAGCAACAUUGGCUUGAGGGCCUAUGCCAGCACCGCCAAACAACAGCCACCGCUGCUGCUCGCCCAGCGCGGCGACGUUGAGUACUGCCGGCAGCUGGUGCAGCGCCACGACCACGACAACUACCUCGUCUCGCUCUUCUCACCACGCCUCGCCCGUGAGGCCGUGUGGGGAAUCCGCGCCCUAAACAUCGAGCUGGUGCGUGUCGGCGAGUCGACGACCAACACCGCAGCCGCCCAGAUGCGCUUUGCCUACUGGAAUGAGUCAGUGAAAAGUCUCUACACUGACCACCCUACGCAGACGCCCAUAGUGCGCUGCGUUCACGAUGCUGUGCAGCGCUUUGCUAUUUCCAAAACAUGGCUCCGCCGCUUGGUCUCAGAGCGCGAGAAAAUGCUGGCCUCCCCGACGUUUGAGACCGUGGCCGAUGUCGAAAAGUACGGCGAGCACGCCUACGCCUGCCUGAUCCACCCCCAUCUUGAGGCUCUGGGCGUGCGUGACAUGCACGCUGAUAAUGCUGCGCGCGCAAUCGGCGUUGCCACAGCCAUUGUAAACUUUACCCGCUCGCUGCCGCUUUUGCUGGCCCAGGGCAGGUGCGAUAUGCCCAAGGAUCUAAUCGCCAAGCACCAUGUGGACCUGAACGAUCUCUAUCACAGCCCACGCUCUACGCCUGAACUCCAGGCUGCUGUCUACGAAUUUGCAACCAAGGGCUAUACCCGCCUCUGUGGCGUUGCCGAGAUAUAUGUCCCGAACUCUCCACGAGCCGGGUUCCCCGCCCUAAUGGCCGCUGUCCCAGCUAAGGAAUGGCUUGAGCGGCUCGAGCAGGCGGACUUUAACGUGUUUGAUCGCCGGCUCCAGCAGCGGACGCUGCGCGUGCUUUGGCGCCUAUGGCUGGCCAACCGGAGGGGACUUGGCUGGAUUCGUCGAACCUCCACAAGUAGGCCCAAACACUGA